GAUAAUUCGUUCGGAGAAAAUCGACAAUUAUUCACAGUUAUCGCCAUUAGUUUCUAUAAUUCGAUCCUAACCCUUUUUGGUAAAUGUACUAGAUUCUAGAUUAAGAGUUCUUCAAGGAGGUACAACAAAAAAGGACCUUGUAACAUCACUGUCAGUAGCAAAGGAGGAUUCCAUUGCACGUUUAAUUACUUCCGGAAAUAAUCCCCAAUCUGAGGAAGAAGCUGAGUUGGCAUCAAAUCCUCUGAUACGACAUAUAGCCCCACAUUUACAAGCUUUAACAGCUAGCGAAUUAGUUCAUCUGUUGAAGGCAGACGUACUACAAACAACCACAGAAGCCGAGCAACAACAGAAUAUCACAGAAGAAUUACAAACAAAUCAACUGUCGACAGAACAUACUGACAAGUCGAAAGACAAUAAUUAACUUCUAUAAUUUUGCAAUAUAAGACACCAUGUCGAUUGAAGCACUAUCUGGUAAAGUUUUCUUAGUGGUAACUGGUGCGAGUCGUGGUAUCGGUCGUCAAAUCGCGAUAACAUUCGGUUCGCUACUGCAGGAGGGCUCGCAUAUUCUUUUGUUAGCAAGAAACCUAAAUGAUUUAAAAGAAGUCGCGAAGAAUAUACCAUCCAAAGUGACAGUUCAUACUGUUAGUAUAGAUCUUGGUGAAGCGAAAGUGACGAAAACCGAUUUUGAAGAGACCAUAUUGGGAUGCCUAAAUGGAACCACUCGCGACGCAUUUGAUCGAGUGGUCGUAGUGCAUAAUGUAGGUACUAUCGGCGAUGUCACAAAAUUUGUAAAUGAGAUGGUGGAUAUAGAUGUCUGGAAUCAAUUUUAUACCCUAAACUUGUUCCUGCCAACUAUUUUGAAUGCGGUGAUUAUGAAUUUGUUUGACAAUAGUACAAAUACUAAGAAAGUGGUUAUAAAUAUUACGUCUCUGUUUGCUAUUCAAGCAAACAUGGCCUGUGGUUAUUAUUGCUCGGCGAAGGCAGCACGGGAAAUGUACUUUAAGGUCUUUGCCUUAGAAAAUCCUGAUGUUAACGUAUUAAGUUAUGCACCAGGACCCGUCGAUACAGAUAUGUUUCAAACAGUGCGCGGAAUGAUCGCCAAUCCCGAAAGUAGAAAAACAUUUGAACACUUGCGUGAAACCAAUACUGUAUUGACUACAGAACAGACAGUUAAUCGUCUUGUGGAAAUCUUGAAAGAACAUAAGUACAACGCGGGCGAUCAUGUGGACUAUUACGACAAUUAAAGCAGCGGCGAUGGUAAUAACUAUAUCUUAUUAAUCUUUAAAGAUAAAAACAUAUGGAAGCGAGAUAAUUAUUUAAAAACAAUUUUUUUGUGAGUAAGUUUUUAUUCUUUCUUAACUAAAAUAAUAUUAUAUAUAUUCUACCUUUAAAGAUGACGCGUUAACCUUUGUGAAAUAGUAUAAAAAUAAAUCAUUUCUAUAAGUAAUUUAUAUUAUUAAUUUAUAAAUUUUCUUUAAAAUUCUUUUACGACUAAGUACUAGAAAUCCAUGAUAUUCAUAUAAUAAUCAAUAAUUAAAAUCACAAGGGUUGUAUAUUAUUUUCUAAAAUCACAGACUAUGAAAUAAACCACAAUAUUCAUAUUUUCUAUGAUAUUGCUUGCUUCAAU